AUGGGCAUUCCACCAGCGAGGAGAGCCACGAGGCGAGCAACUGCCAAGGGCGAAGCGGAUCUGAUAUCUCGAAUCGACGAACCAGACGUAUGGAGAAAAAAACGGGGAAGAGCAGCUGCACGGAAGGCUAGACCAGUGACCCCAACCACGCCGCCGCCACGAAGCUCGUCCUCCCGACCAAGAACGCCUGCUGCACCCAAGAAAUCCAGAUCAUCUAGAAAGUCCCCUGUUGCAGCAAUUCCGAUCACAUUGACCAAAGCCCCUUCUACUCAGAACACAGCAAAUGCUCUCGGAGCUGGGAGGCCAAGGCCAAAACGGCCACCUCCUGAGGACCCGAAUGAGAAACAUAGGCCGCCCAACCCCUUCCAGCCGCGUAAUCAGAAAAGAAGACACAGAUCUUUGUUCGCAGACCAGGCGUACAGGCCGCCUCACACUGAAAGUGAGGAUCCCCCCAGUGAGCCCAUCAGGAGGGCCAGAUCUCCGAAUAAAGAUCCGUCAUAUAGGCCCAGCAGACUGUCACUCGAGGAGGAGGAAUUUGAUCAUCUUAUGUCAACUGAAAGGCGACCAGAAAAUCGCAGAAUACGAACUUCAGGAAGGGAUGGUAAUGCCACUGAUGCCACCUCUCCGCCGCGUGAUGAUGUCGGCCACAGACCAGGAACUCCAGCAAGGGAUGAUGCUGUCGUUGAUGCUACCUCUCCGCCUCGUCAUAGUUUCGAUCGCAGGCCGGCAAACCCUGCAAGAAUGGCCCCUAGCCCAAUGACUCUGAAUCGAGACAAUGGUGACGUUGAUAUUAGUUCCUACUCUUGGUAUGGGAGUGAUUCUGACUGGCUCAGUGAUCUAGACUAUCAAGAAGCACUUCGCCGAAACGAGAUGGAUAUCGAGCGAGACAACGAAAGUGAGGAGUCGUUCGACGAUGACCAAGAAAACAGAACACCACAUCGUCAGGAUAAUCAGGGGUUCAGACCUUGUACUCAUACGCCUUCGCCGUUUAAGCUUCACAUAAGUGAUGGGUCCAGCCGCGCCCGUGAAGUGAGCGAGGAGAGACAUCAGCACAACAUGGACAUCAACAGACGUGGCGAAAGUGAGAGCCAGUCCGAAAAUGAUCAGGAGAAUAGGCCUCCAUCUCGGCACACUUCGCCAAAAGCCAACGCUCAAGGAUUGCCUCAGUUUCUAGAAGGUGGCCAGGAAUUCAACCACGCGUACGCUGACGACGAGGACGAUGAUGAUCUGGAUGAAGACGAGCAAGAUUAUCUUGAUCAGCAGGAGGAACACGGAUAUGAUGAGGAUUCUGAAAAUGCUUCGCCCACUUCCUCGAUUGAUGGUCAAGAAGAUCAAGCGGAUCAAGAGGAUCAAGAUGGUGAAGAAGACCAAGACCAAGACGGCCACAAUAGUCAAGACGACCACGAGGAUCCCGAGGAUACCCGGGAACAGUUGAACCAAGAGUACCAGACGUUCCUAGUAUUCCGAGAAAUGCUGCGUGCAAGGGACGGAGAGGGCCACGAUGGUCAAGACGACAAUGAAAAUCUUGAGUAUUCCGAGGAACAAUUGUGUCAAGAAUAUCAGGAAUUCCUAGCAUUUCGAGCAAUUAAAGCAGGUAGAGCCGAUCCAGCAGGUCCACCAGCACCAGCACCAGCGGAUCAAGCAACACAUCAGGGAGUACUUCGUCCCAUGUUCCCUGUGUACGACCGUCAAAGGCUCCAGAAGCAAGCCGUGUUCCGGAACAUUAAGACAAAUAAUCCAGGCCAUACAAAUCACGAUCUAAGGGCCAUUCUGAAGAGGCCACCGGCAGAGGGCGACACACCGGCAAGUUUCACGGUCCGGACACCCAAAAGGGCCCGAUUUGCACCAACCACAGUUGGUGGCGACGACCAAAAUCCCACAUUCGGAGGCGCUGUUGCUGUCGAAACCUCUGAAGACAUCCUCGAGCGUAUCUUGAUCGCCCCCGAACGUCUGAGUCUUGUCCAAAUGCACAUUGCCUUCACCGGCCUUCAAAAGGAGUCACUACAAUUCGCAAAGAAGUUCUUCAACUUCGAAUUGAGUGACGAACAAAUCGACGCCUGGCCUCUACCGAUGCUCAAGUAUGAAUACUUCGGUCUCAAGGAGAUUGCGAAAUACCUCACCGAUGCUGAAGGGAGCACAUGGAGGGAACUCUUUACAACUCCCGAAAGCCGGAUUGCGCUGAUUCAUGGAACCAUCGGAGAGUACCUGAAGCACCACGUCUUCAAAGCAACAGCCUUCUCCUUCACUGGUCAGCUCCGCGAAAGGUUCGAAGAUCUUGACCGAAAAUACAUCAAUCAUGAUGCUUUUGUUCGGAACAAGAAGCGAGCUUCUUUACUUGCUAAGAUCACUCGCGAAAGCAAUGGCUUUUGGUUGGCACAUCGUGAAAACAUGUUCAACGCGUCCAGCCUCUUAGCAGCGGAGCUGCUGACGCUGUUCGAGCCCUUAUUGCCACCUCCUAUGUUCGACCCUCUCGUUUCGUCGCGGAUCUUAUUGCAAGACCCCUCAAAGUUCUCGUUCACAGGCAGCAAGCUCUCUACCAACGACCAGAGAGAUGCAGACUUCCUGUGGAGCGCCAUGGUCCAUGACCUGCGUACACUAGUUUACAAGGCCGCAGCUCUGCACCUCUCCAUCCGUCUCAGCGGACACAACGGCACGAACAUCCGCUUUCUCCACCACGUGGAAAAAGGCAGCCCCUACCACGGACCCGAGACCAUGAAGUGUGUGAACAAGAGAGAGUGCCACGCCCAAAACCCCAGACAACAACGUACCGAUGACGAUGAGAUGAAGAUUCGCAUGACAUGCUGGAGCCAUAUUGAAGCGGUGGUGCCCCACGGCGUCGACUUCGAAGAAUACCAGCAAAUGCAAGCUGAGAUGCAGGAGCAAGAAGGGAUUGGCUCACAAGACACCCGCACGUUCGAGCAGAUGGAGCGAUACUUUGGCGACCGUUUCCCACACUUGCCUCCCGAGCUCACGCGGCGGGACUCAGAUGAAGAAGACUGGCCACGUGAAGACGGAACGCAGAUCGACUACGAGUUCUUCCGGGCACAGCUGCGCGAAGAGCAAAGAUCCCGCGAGGCUGAGGGCGAUGGCGAGGAACCCGAGCACAUGCCGUCGCCACCAGAGCAGCAGCGCGGUAGCUAUGUUACGUUCUACCGCUCCAUCGUCCGCAGCCACGUGUACUGUUCCUGGGGAAAACGAGGGCAGAAUCCACGCGCGGCACCGAGUCUCGACGAGGCUGUUGACGAGGCACGUCGCGCUGCCGGAGGGUUCUACACGCUCCAAGACAACUUCGUCAAGGGCAGAGACGCGGCCGCGCACCUCGCCGACACAAGCAUCGAUGUCGCGGCGCAGGGACUCGAUGUGGGCUUGGAUGCCAUGGCGAGAAAGGGUACCUACUCUCUGGUCCUCGCGGGAACUUUGGCUUACGCCCUGCACGGCCGGCCGCAGUUCGCCCGCACCAUCGCCUCGGCGGGACAUGCCAUCUCGGAUGCAUCCAGCUGGACGCAAAACACGCUGACCUCGGUCUCUGAAUCGUUCUGGAGCGCACACGCUGAAACCGUGGCGAGAAGUCAAGCUGCGUACGCCGAGCUUGAGGCCCGGACCAAACUACGUGCUGGUUUAGUGAACACUACCACCAGCAUCGUACUGGCCCCUUCUCGCUUGGUUAGCCAGAUGCAAGAAAAGUUUUUGACAUCAUUGUCAACAUCUACCGCCAGUUCGUCGCUGCCAGCGGGGAGUGUGGCUGAUGAGUUGCCGGUUGCUAGCUCGACGGUGGGAUGA